UUUUUCUGAGACAGUUCAGCUUCAUCAAAAUGCUGCUCCCGCGGCGACUCGACACAAUGCCGCUGCUGCUGAUGCGUCUGCCGCACUGCCUGUCCCUGCGAGCAGGAGCAGUCGCAGGAGGAGCAAGAGCAAGAGCAAGAGCAGGAUCGAGAAUGGCAGCGCUCCACACCCAGGCGUCGCAAUCUCUGAGCGCCGCAGGAUCACCCUCCUCCUCUGCAUCGAGCAAAUCCGCGUCCGUACGCUCGCUCGAGGUCGGCAUUCUGGGCAUGCCGAACGUGGGCAAGAGCUCGCUGUUCAACGCGCUGAGCGGCGGACUGAACGCGGAGGCGAGCAACUUUCCGUUCUGCACCAUCAAUCCAAACUUUGGGGUGCUGAAGGUGGACGACAAGGCGCUCGCGACGAUCGCGCAGCACAUUGCGACCCAGCGCGUCGUGCAGGCCGAGGUCCGCAUUGUGGAUAUCGCGGGACUGGUCAAGGGCGCGUCGCAGGGCGCUGGCCUGGGCAACAAGUUCCUCAGCCAUGUGCGCCAAGUCGAUGCGCUCAUGCACGUCGUCCGCUGCUUCCCAGACGACGAAAUCACGCAUGUCGAUGGCGAAGUCAACCCUCUGCGCGACCUAGAGACGAUCGAGAUGGAGCUCGUCCUCGCAGACCUGCAGACAAUGGAGCGCAUGCUCGCACGGGCCAAGCCGGGAAAGCGGAGUUGGCUCGCCAGCGUCCCACAGGCCACCGUCGGGACGCUCAAAUUGAGCGAGACAGACAUUGAUGCGCUGAUGCAGCGUGCCUUCGAGUGGCUGAACAACGGCAAGCCCAUCCGCUCGCUCCUCGGCACUUUGCCGACACCGGAAGAGCGCGACGUAUUGCAAGCCUGCGCGAGCCAGUUGCUCACUGUCAAGCCCAUGAUUUAUAUUGCAAACGUGGACGAAUCUCAGGCAAUGGAGUUGGCGAGCGGGAGAUCGAUUCCUCAAAUCGACGCGGUGAAAGCCAAAGGAGACGUCAUUCCCGUUUGCGUCAAGACUGAAAUGGAUUUGCUCGAGGUCGAGUCAAAGGAAGAGCGGCUCGAGCUGCUCUCAUCACUCGGCAUGGCGGAAAGUGCAGGCUCGGUCAUUUCCCGUCGGGUGUACGAUCUUCUUGGACUCCAGUCGUUUUACACGGCCGGAGAGCAGGAGAUUAAGGCCUGGUCCAUCUUGAAAGGCUCGACGGCGGUCGCCGCGGCUGGGCGCAUUCAUACCGAUUUUAUGCGCACGUUUAUCAAGGCAGAAACCUACUCUGUGGCAGAUCUCGAAGAAUACAAAACCGAGGCCGCCGUAAAGGCGGCAGGAAAGAUGCGAUCUGAAGGAAAAGGCUACAUUGUGCAGCCGAACGACAUUAUGCACUUUUUGCUUGGGCGAUGAAUGUAAUAUUGUACACAUACAGCAUUGAAGA